CCUCGGUAUUCCUGUUCCCGGGCCGCGCGCGCCCGUCUGGGUAAAUAAAGCCGAGACGACGGCGGUGGCGGCGGUGAGCGCGCUGGAGCCCGCGCGGAGAACAUGCGGCGGGGAUGGGAGUGCGCCUAGCCUCGACGCGGGACAGCCAGCCGCCCUGCCGCCGGCCGCCGGUCCCACUGUCCCAGAACCCGAGCCCUGCGGAGCUCCCGGCGGCCCCGCUCCGAGGCACUGCGGCCGCGCCGGGCGCCCCUCCCAGCCCGCACCAUGAACACCAUUGUCUUCGACAAGCUCGGCGGCGCCGUGCUUUUUGAGGACCGCAGCGUUCCGGAGCGGGAGCGGGGCGGCCGGCCCUAUGGUGGCGUCCUGGACAGUCCCCACGUCCGCCCUGAGAUGGGCAUUCCCGACGGCCCGCCCCUCAAGGACAACCUCGGCCUGAGACACCGGAGGACCGGGGCCCGGCAGAACGGAGGGAAGGUGAGGCACAAGCGGCAGGCCCUGCAAGACAUGGCGCGGCCCCUCAAGCAGUGGCUUUACAAGCACCGUGACAACCCGUACCCCACCAAGACGGAGAAGAUACUCUUGGCUCUCGGCUCGCAGAUGACUCUUGUGCAGGUAUCAAAUUGGUUUGCUAAUGCAAGACGUCGGCUUAAGAAUACCGUUCGACAGCCAGAUUUAAGCUGGGCUUUAAGAAUAAAGUUGUAUAACAAGUAUGUCCAAGGAAAUGCUGAGCGGCUUAGUGUAAGCAGUGAUGAUUCGUGUUCUGAAGAUGGAGAAAACCCUCCAAGAAACCACAUGAAUGAAGGGGGCUAUAAUAAUCCAGUUCACCAUCCUGUGAUUAAAAGUGAGAGCUCAGCCAUAAAAGCUGGAGUGAGGCCAGAGUCACGAGCCAAUGAGGACUAUGUGUCACCCCCAAAAUACAAGAGCAGCUUGUUGAACCGUUACCUUAACGACUCUUUGAGACAUGUCAUGGCCACAAAUGCUGUCAUGAUGGGAAAGACAAGGCAAAGAAACCAUUCAGGCUCUUUUAGUUCCAAUGAAUUUGAAGAAGAAUUAGUGUCUCCCUCAUCAUCAGAAACCGAAGGCAACUUUGUCUAUCGCCCAGACGCUCUGGAAAACGGAUCCAAUAGAGGUGACAGUGCAGCUAAUAGAAAGGGACCGAGCAAGGAUGACACAUACUGGAAGGAGAUCAAUGCAGCUAUGGCCUUAACAAAUCUUGCACAGGGAAAAGACAAACCACAGGGAACUACCAGCUGCAUCAUCCAGAAGUCAUCACAUAUAGCAGAAGUAAAGACAGUCAAAGUGCCACUGGUUCAACAGUUUUAAGAGUCUGUUGCUUUUCAGAUCAAUGGCUAUUCUUCACGUUGGUGUUUUGUCAUAAAUCUUCACCAUAAGAGCCGAAGCAGAAGUGAAAAUGACUCCCUUUCAAACCUUUUGUUAUUUUUAAAUAUCUUAAAUAUAUCAUUUAGUUGCUUCUAUAAAAGACAUAUAAAUUAUAAAAAAAACCCUCACUUUAAUCAAAAAUAUUAACUUAUUUUAUGUUACUCAAACUAUGCAUACAAUGUCUGUGCAUUGCCAUUACAGUAAGUGCCUUGCUUCCCAAAAUUAAGCUACAACGUGGGCACAGCAGAGCAGCUAUGCCUCAAAAUGACAACGCCAUAAUGCUUAUUAGUCUGUGUUUGUCAUUCCAGAUGGACCUGACCAUUCCAGGACUGAAACCAUAAUUGCCGAAAGCCCUUGAAAUGUAUUCAACAAUUCACAUGUUAAAAACUUGGAAAUCUAUUCAGCCCAAAUGAAAUGUUUCUUUUAAAAAACUUCUGCCGUAUUUUAAUUUGUUCAGUGUGCUUUUCAGAGUGACAGUGAGAAUUUUAUGCAUGUGUCUUGCCUGCAUAUCUGAUACGUUACAAACCUCCAAAAUGAAAGGUGUGGUGAUCACAUAACAUGUACAUUUAAGAAGAAUCGCAAUGAAUACUUCGUGAUGAGAAAAACUUAUUCCAAGCAUUACUGGAAAACAUCUCAAUGCCCUUUAGAAUUAAUUUGGAUUUUUUUUCUCUAGUUUUGCUGAAGUUUUAAAAAAAUGUAUUAUAUAAAUAAUUCAGAAUUUUCCUGUGUAGAACUAAAUCUAUAAUUUAGUUUUAAAACAUAAUCUUGUUUGCAUUAAAGUUCAGGUUUUUUUAAUGGAAAUUGUUUUUCAUAUGUAAUGGCUAAAAACCUUUUAUUUGAUUCAUUUCAAAUGACAAUUGCUGAUGGGCAAUUUAUAUUGCAAUGAGAACAAGACAAUGAAAGAAAUGUACCUCUGUGAAUAUGCAUAUAUACACAUAAAAUUGAUUUUUAAAUUUAAAACAUAUGGAAAACAAAACACUGAAUGGUCUCUGAAUUUUGCCAAUUAAGACGUUAAGGUAAAAAUGAAGUCAAACCAUGCAUCAAAAAAAGAACAUUUUGUUUCUAAAUUGGACUAUCUUUGAGUGAGAAUAAUCAAUAUUGAGAAAGAAGAAUAUCUUUUUUUAAUCAAACUAUAAUAUUCUAAUCAACUUGAUGAGACUCCAAACUUGAAUAAACAAUGGAGCCGUCAAACAAUAACAGAGUAUAUGUGCUACGGAAAAGUAAAAAGGAUUUGACUCUUUUAUGGUGGGAUGUUUUUUCUGCGUAUGUAAUCUAUUUUGUAAUUUUUUUUUUUUAACUGGAAAGCAUUUUUGUGAGUGUGAAUGAGAGCCAGUAGUGCAGCCUUGUGGUGACAUUUUUCUUUGUUUUGCAGAAUGCUUUUAAAACCAAAGGCUGCUCUAGUUGAUAUAAGGACAGUACCAAUCUUGAUAUAAAUUGUAGGACAAUUUUUCAUGUAACAUAGCAUUUGGGGAUUGGGUUUAUUUAGUGUAUUGAAGAUGAUUUGAUAUAAAAAUAUUUUGUAUAUAUAUAUUUUUACUUUGUUUUCUAAAUUGCUGUUUGCAGUAACAGUAAGUGCAAAGCAAGAUAUGUAAGUUAUGACUGUAUGAUCAGAUGAAGUAUGGGUUCUUUUGGUUUACAUCCUUCAGUAAUUUCAGAUCCAUGAUAAAAAACAACUGCUGAAUCUUUAUUAAUCAAAUUUGCCAAAAUGAGAUCAAGUCAAUGAAAACUAAAGACAAGUACUUCAUUCUUUAUCAUACUAUACUAUUCUAAGUUAUUCUGGUACUAAAUAUUUUAAUAAAAUUGUUUUUGUUUUGACAUACUUCAGUUAGAUGAAUGGAUGCUGGUUAUUUUUUAUUUGAAUUAGUUGUAAUUCAUUUCUGCCAUCUUUUUAAAACGAAUCAGCAAAUUUGUUCUGUGUUAUAAACUAUGGAUGACAAGCCAAUAUAGGACAGCUAUUCACGUGAUUUUUUUUUUAAAAUACCAAAGCUUGGAGUCUGGCCUAUAAACACAUCAAGAAGAUUUUAUAAUUAGCACAUCUUUGGCAAUAUCUCCAAUUGCAAUUACUUUUAAUUUAUUUUUUCUAUUGCUGCUUUACCAUUUUCUGGAAAUCGAAGUCAUCCUUUAAAAGAAUCUUGAACAAUGCUGAGCCAGCAGCUGAGACUCUAACUCAUAAUUUAUGUUGUAGAGAAAUAGAAUUACCUCUAUGCUUUGUUUUGCCAUAUGUAAUCAUUUUAAUAAAAUUAAUAACUGCCAGGAGUUCUUGACAGAUUUAAAAUAAAAGUUAAUUUCUAGACCUCA